CCAUCCGAGCUCCGCGCGCCCGCGCCAGUCGACGCGCGCCCUUUUGGGGGUUAAGAUGUGUCCGUUGCGGCGAGCGCUCACUAUGUGGUCCCAGCCGCCUCCCCCGGAGCCCGAAGCGCAGCCCGUGCGCGCGCGCGCUCACACCUGGUGCCGGGGCUGCUUCGGCAGCCGCCAGCUCGCGCGCAUGGAGCGCCCGCCGCCCGAGUACGGCGUGCGCGUCGACACCACGUCCGCGCGCCCGCCCGGCCUGCGCGUGCGGGACGAGCCCCAGUACCAGAACAUCGACGAGAUGCGCAAGCGCCCCGAGUACGCUAACCUCGACGAGAUCAGCCGCGAGUUCGGCUACCGCCUGUGCCCCGAAGGCCAGAACCUCGAGGACGAGGCUAUUUACGAGAACAUACUGUCAGUGCGUCAGAUCCGAUCCGCGGAAGUGCGUUUAGUGCCGGUGUCUGAAGUCGCGUACUACGAGGGUCAAGGUUACGUGGCCACGCAGGUGCUCAGCAGAAAUGGAACUUUCCCGCAGUGCCCGCCGCACACCUGGAGCCGUCUGCAACAAGCCUGCAGGCUCAAUGGAUCGCUGCGACUUUUCACUGCGAAGAAGGAGAUGUACGAUGUGAAGAGACAGAGGUUGUGUUUAGCCCAGGAUGAGUACAAGCAUCUGAAUAAUGCGCUCUCAACGCUCGCAGCCUCCAGGACUAGUCUAUGUUCAUCAACGACGUCGAUGACGACGACGUCGACGACAUCGCGUCAUGACCCCGAGCUCUUGAGGUCAGAGGUGACGCAGGCGCGCGGCCGGGUCGCCCAGCUACGCAAGGAGCUGAGGCAGGCCCGCGCUGAAGUCGCCAGCGCACGCCGCGGAGUCGAUACCCUUGCUGAGGUAGAGCAGAAGAUAAGUGCCCAGCAAGGCUGUUACAACAUAACCGAAGCUCAAGCUAUCAUGACUGAAUUAAAAAAUAUUCAGAAAUCCCUCACCUCCGGUGAAAAGGAAAGAGCAGACCUCAUGCAGUCGUUAGCAAAACUCAAAGACGACUUAACGAGACUGCAACUGGGAGACGCAUCACCUGAUUUGUCCACCCUCUCUCUACCACAAGAGAAACUCAGUACUGCCUCCCAAACUGACCUCUGUGCUGACUUAGUACCAAUCGGCACAAGACUAGCUGAAAUGGCGCGGGUACGCCUUCAGUAUGACGAAGCCAGGAAGAGGAUACAGCAAAUCCAGCAACAGCUAGCUGACCUCGAGGACAAAGUCCAACCUGGCCAAGCGGAAUCUGAUAAAGAUAGAUUACUACUCUUCCAAGAGAAAGAGCAGUUGUUAAGAGAGCUAAGGAGUAUAACUCCCAGAACGAGAUCUAAGCAAGAGAUGAGUGAAAUCCAAACUGAGUGUAAGAGAUUAGAGCAAGACUUGAAAAACGCCUUCGAGAUGUCGAACAAGUGUAUCGCGGACCGGCUAAGGUUGCAUGAAGAGAAGCAAUUGUUGCUACAGCAGUUGAAAGACGCUCUGACCUCAAUGACGACCUUAGAAGGGCAGUUGAAGACCUUAUCAGCAAGCACCUUAUCCGUCUCAAGCAGUUCCAGCUUAGGGUCCCUUUCUACAGCAAGUAGUAAAGGCUCCUUAAGCUCCGGCAUCAGCUUUACCGAUAUCUACGGCGGACCACAAAUCGCCACGUCGUUCCAAGUUGACAAGCCUAUCGAUAUGGUCGAUUUGCAUCGAAGAGUUGAAAGGUUAUUGCGUGGUACUAGUUAUACGGAUAGUGCAACUCCUGGAGCCAGCAGCUCGCCGUCACAACCCUCGUUGUCUCCAAGAAGCAGUCUGUCUUCCGCAAGCCCACCACCACCUCCACCACCUUAUAAUCAGGUGGAAAGACAAAGACGGCAGCAAAGGGAGUUAGAAGAGAAAUUAGCAGAAAUGAGAAUAGGUGUCGCCACAGGACUGAACGAAGUAACGGGACUUGCUACAAUUCCAGUGCAAUUGCAAGGCCCCGGUCGGCCGUGCGAGCCUCUCUCGCCUAUCUCCGAGACGCCCCCGCCACCGCUGUCGCCGCGAACUCCCUCAUCUAGUGGUACAAACACUAGAUCUGUGUCUGCGGCAGUAAGCGACGAGUCGGUGGCUGGCGAUUCCGGCGUCUUUGAGGCGGCUCAGGCAGCCAACGAUCCUUCUAAUGCAGUGAACACUGCCCAAAUUGAGAUUAAGUUGCGAUACUGCGUUGAGGAGAGUACGUUGGAAAUUGGUAUCCUGCGCGCGCGCAACUUGCAUGCGUUGUUUAUCGACAUUGGGACUCAAGUGGGCGUGGUGGGCGCGCUGGUGGUGGGCGGCGGCGGCGUGGUGUGGCGCGCGGCGGGCGCGGCGUGGCGCGGCGCGGCGCUGUGCUGGCGCCACGCGCACGCCGCCGCGCUGGCGCCGCACGCGCUGCCCGCCGCCACGCUGCAGGUCAACCUCACCGCCGGCAGCGAGUGUCUGGGUUGCACUCAAGUGAGUUUAGCAGACUUCGAACCCGGGACCGUGAGUCAGAAGUGGUACAACGUGCUGAGCUUUAGAUGCAUGAGACGAGAUGAGAGUUCGGAUGAGUCCACUGUCAUAUCGUCACAAACGUCUACGUUAACAAGAAAUAGAGGUCCAGAAAGUAUGACGGGUGCGGAAUGCAAUGUAGACUGCGGCGACAAUUCAGCAUCGGAAGACGAAGAGUCCAGAGAGCCACUUAAUCAGAUAGUGGAAGAGGAUUCAUUCGAGGACUACAUUCCUGAGGAGGACAUCGUUCUAGAAGAAGAGUUUCUACAUCCGACCACAGCCGAGAAGGAGACCAACACCGAGUGCAACUUCUGUCCAGAGGGAGCCAGGCAGUUACAUAGAAGAAAGAGUCAGCAAGUGAGCGCCAGCCCCGCCGAGCCCCUAGCCACCAUUAAGAGGUCACAAACGUUCUCCCCACAACCGCAGAGCAUUGCCAAAGCACAGUACAUAUGCAGACUGAACCGCUCGGAGUCUGACUCGUCGAUGGCGGCGUACGCGCGGCGCGUGACGUCACGCCCACCGCCCGCCGCUGGCAUACCCUUCGACCGCAGCGUGCGAGAGAGGCGCUCGCUCAGAUGGGGCCGGCUGUCGGCGGGCGGCGGCGCGCGCGGCGCGGGCUGGCGGCGCUCGCGCACGUCGCUGGACCUGGCGCUGGACCUGCGCGCGCAGCACUCGCGCCUGCACGACCUGCGCACAGACAUCGCCAACCUCACCGCGCUCAAGAAGAGACUAGAAGAAGCGUACACUCGCGGGGACCCCGCAGUGGCCGCGUGGGUGGCGGAGGACGAGACCCUCCGGCGCCUGGUGACGGGCGGCGCGCAGCCCGGGGACCGCGCCUCGCGCCUGCUCAGCAGGACCUGCCGCGAGAUCUACCGCCUCAGGAAGUCGCGCCAGGGCGGCCGGAAACCUGACCUCGUCACCUUCAAGGAAAAGAUGGCCUUCUUCACUCGCACGAAAUCCACCAUCCCCUUACUACCCGGAGAAGAUGGCGACGAGAUACUCUCGGAAGACGACUGGGAGGAAGAUCUAGAAGAAAGAAGAACACCAGACGGCAGGUCCUCUAAGACAUCGUACGAGCUGCGUCGAGACAUACAGACCACCAGCCAGGAGGGCGCGGCAGAGGUCGUCGAAUGCAAGAACCCGUGCUUGAACACGCUGACUACUCUCGACACCUUGGACACUUUGGACACUCUGACCACUUUGGACACUUUACACACUUUGGACCCUGAGUUUGAAGGUCAAGAAGCGAAGGAUGACGCAAAGACUGAUGAGGUGAGGUAUGAGUUUGUUGUUGAUAGAGUGCUCGGUGUACAAGUUUGAAAGGUAGGCCGUUUGAACUGGUUGGUUGCAGGUUUUGUUCCUGGCUUAGUAACUUUCACAUGAGCUUAUUUUUUAGAGUAUAACUGUUGGAAAGUCAUUUGAGCAAAGCCAUAUUUAUGUGUAAUUUUGAUCAAGUUUCUUUUCAAUAGAUAAGAAAAUAUGGAAGUGUGAAAAAUAUUAGGCGUUUAUGAGAUUAAGUAUUUUGUAAUAAUUACACGGCAGUAUCAUAAAAUAAUUCCAUUUUUGUAGGAAUAUGUACAGUAAUUAACUUGUGCUAAACAAUACAAACUGAAACUCCUGUGUAAUUAUUAUUAGACCUUGAACUUUAAUAAUUAUAUACUUGUUAACAAACCCUGCGGAACCAACCGAUUCAGCAGCUCUAGUAUGACCUAUGGCAAAUAUGGCACCAUAAAAAAAUUGCAAAUAUACAUUAUAAUUACUGUGAUCAUUAUUGCCUAUUGAGAUUUUCUGGUUUGAAGACUGAGCGAGAACUUAUAAAUGUGUUAUUGGUUUAAUAUAUAUCCGGGCUCUAAUAACUGUACGUACGUGCAAAUAGAGUGCCAUAAUAUUAAGAUUACAGUAUUGAAUCUUAUUCAUUUUUAUACAACGUUUAUGUAUUGCAUGUACAAAUUUUGAACAAAAUUCUUUGGAUGUUAGGACUCCUUUAACAGGUAUGAUUUGAUUAAUCCCGUCCAUAUAUAGGCUAUAUAUGUAUUAGUACCUAUUAUAAAUUAGUAUAACACAAAAUAUAUUUAUAGUAUUGCAACACAUUUUUCAAAUAUUGAUAUUACAAAUGUUGCCAAGUCAAAAAAUGUUUAUGUGUAGUUCAGGGGUGAAUUGUGCCUUUAUUAUUGGUGCCUGAUAUUAAAGCCUGCGAUUGUGCCAUAAUGGCAUGCCAGACGGGGAUAAAUAGGUACAAAGUAGUUGUAUGAGUCACAAAAUGUAUGCCAAACAUAUUUUUUUAUUGUAAUUAGAAUGUGGGGUUACGAUCACUUUGUAAAUAAAAUACGUAAAUUUGCGUACCCACCGACUAAGUUCAUCUGUAGAUAAAAACAAAAAAAAA